CGGGGCUUCAUUCCGAGAAGUGACAGUGUGCGCGCCUACUCUAUCCAAGACCUCAUGAUGGUCCGCGUUUAGCCGUGCAUAUCUCCCAGCUUUCACCGGUCACCUCGCAGCUUGUGCCCUCCGUUCGCAUUCGUCGUCACUGUUUUCUCUCCUGGUUCCAUUCACUACCGCCAGCGGUCGGCUUACAGGUCAUUGCUUCACUGCCAUCUCGAUCGCGUUUCUGGCUCUGUAACAUCUUUCGCACAGCUUCUUCAUAAGCUCUCUCAACCUCGCUAGCAGCAAAAUGACAUCAUGUUCAGGUUGGUCCGUGAACACCCAGGGGACAUCGCCAUGUGACAUAGCGUCGUCGGUGUACAAGUCAUGCCCGAAUAAUACAAGUAAUACCACCCUCCCUUCCUCUUCUGAAAACUCCUUCGUUCCCGUUACCUCAAAUGCGACCCUAUGCACUUGUUCCUGGGCAAGUUACAACUUGAUAAGUGCCUGUACGUUUUGUGUCCCGGGCUCCCCCUCUUUGGUGAGUUGGGAUGCAUGGAUAGAGAAUUGCGGUGGAUUGACGUCAACAACAACAUACUUUCCUUGGGAUUCGGGAAUAAGGCUCCCUUCUAACACCGCAAUAAUACCUUAUUAUGCGAGCUACAAUCCUAGUAACUACCCCGAUGGGACAUUUAACGAGCCCGUUGCCUCUGGCAUAAGCUCUGCGUCAAACCCCAACUUGAAUGGAUCACCCCUUCCCAGCCCUUCGUCCUCUUCGGGUUCAUCAUCCAGUUCAGGGAAUCCUGUUGGUCCGAUUGUUGGAGGUGUCGUCGGGGGAACGGUUCUUCUGCUUCUGUUAUGCGGCUUCUUCUGCUUCAUUAUUUGCCGGAAGCGCAGAAGAGCAGCGCAAUUCCCGUCCAAGGCCACACCGCAUACAUGGAAUGAUCCACCCUUUGCUGUGGCGACCAACGACUCAACGACUCGCGCUCCCCUCGCACCGUCGGGAUACCCUCAGACAUCAGCUGCGAUGUCUACCUCUCCUUACGCUAUUCAGUCUAAUCAUAUUCGCAACGUUCCUUCAGUAACGAGUCUCCAUUCGCUCCACGUCGCUUCACCCACUUCCUCUGGGCAUGCUAUGCCUUUGUCCCCCCAUAUUACCUCUGUGUUAUCACCCGUCAGCGAUGCAGCCGAUGUGAUCACUCCAUUCCUAGCCACCCAACCGUCAAGCCGACCAGGCACACCAGACAGAAAGAGCGCCCAAAACCACGGUGAACCUGCGCAUGAGCGCGCCGCGUCACCGCAAUCUCAAAGAUCACGCAUGAACCCGCCCCCUUAUACCUCAUCAUCUCCCACGUCCUCAGACCAUGCCCGCACUGGGUCCAUCUCUUCCAGGAGGCUUUCUGUCUUGAGGCACUUCAGGCGGGAAGGCGGCUCAGGGGACACGACCAUCAACUCGGUCAUGGGCCAGAGGCCGACGCACUCCCCGAGAAUGCGCUCUGGAACGAGUGCUGAGAGCGCCAGAAGUGACUCGACCACUAGGAGUGUGAGCGACAAUGGUCGGAGUAUGAGGACUGCCCUUGAACGCACUACAACGACGGCUGCUUCAAGUUCGCGUCGGCCUGCCGUGUAAAGAAUAUCUUUGUAUUUGUUUCUUCUUCUUGGACUCUCGUUUAUCUUCCAUUGGGUGUAGACAAUACGCGCGGUAUCGAACUGU